CUUCGUCCGUGUUGUUUUGAGUUCCAGAUUUAGAGAGGGAUUCCAUGAGCAGCUGCGUUUGGAUGAAAAUAGCUAAAUAAGUUACUUAACAGUCACUUUACGUGUUGCCGACCAAACGAAUAUUAAAAAGAUUGUUAAACUUUGCCGCUGUUUUGUAGAUGGCUUGUAUUCUCUAAGUGUACUUUAUGGAUUUAACGAUAACAAUAUGAUCUGUCCUAUUCUUUCUGAAAAGAAAAAGGAUUUAGCAUCAUUUAAUUCAUAGAAGCGAGUGUGCGAAUUUUAUACUGAAAUUAACUGAAAUAUCUUUAUGUCCUCAGAAAUGGCUCAAGGAAGAAUAAAUUUUUCCAUUUAAACAUUUCUUUUUAGAAUUUAUGAUCGAGCUUGUGACUGCUUUGGAAUCUUCUAAAAUGUGUAGCGAGAUAGGACAAAAAGGCUACGGAAGCAUACAAGAGUUUCCAAGUGUGAAUAAGAAAUACUCAUGUUUUUAAUUAUUUUCAGUGAUUUUAGAUAACACGAAACAAUUCCUUAAAUGAAUACAAACCUAGGCCGUACAUUUUAAAAAAUUUUUUGAUAAAUUGUUGCCGAAAUUGUUUUUCCAAAAUUCGAUCUUAAAGAAUUAAAGUUGUUUAUUUUUUAUCUCAUGCAGCGUAUUUAUUAAACUAAUAUAUUUUUUAAAAGCGUUUGUAAAUUAUUUUGAAAAACUUUAAUGCAAAUAUGUUUUUUUCAAAAAAGAUCAGUAGCGAUCUGCUUUUAUUGGUAUUACUUGUGGUGCGUUUACGACUUGACUCUGAUAUCAGUCAAAAUGAUAUGUGGACUAGGGAGCUUGUGAGUCGGGACGUGUUUGUUGGGUCAAGUGUAGCGUACACUCAAAUUAUUUCUCGCGCGCCUUAUUCGAGUUAUCGUCGUAUUCAUCCAAAAAGCUUUGAAUACAAUGAGUUAGAAGAAACUUCAAUACUCUUUAACAGAUUGAACUAUUUUAAUAGCGUGAGAGCCAGACGAAGUAAUUUAAUUGCAUAUUAUGCUAGUUCUCCUGGUGAUCAAACUGCAGCUCCAUCUUUACAAAGCUCAAAUUUUGAAAGCAAUGGUAAUAGUAUCACACCUGGAGACCCUUCGUUGCCCACUGGAGCCGAAGCAGUUCCCGAUAGCGUGGAUAUUUCCAGUGAUCGGGAAUCCAGUUCAACGGAAGAUCAUAGUCUUACUCGUGAGGACAUGGAUCUUAUUGAAAUUUUAUGGAAGCAAGAUAUUGAUCUAGGUGUUACAAGAGAUGCUUAUGAUUCCCAUUCGAGUUCAGAAGUGGAAAAACUCAAAGAUAUUGAAUACACAAAAGAAUCUUUUCAGGAAUUUUUUUUGCAAGAUGAUAUUAAAGAUUGUGAGAAAGAUGAAUCAGUUUUAGAUCCUAUAAGUGGUUUGAAUUACACCAUUGAUUCAGAAACAGGAGAGUAUGUGUUUGAUGAAUUGUCAACUUUGAAUGAUGGGGAAUUUUCUGGUGAUCAACUGUUUGAAAAUGAGGUACUAAAUGGUCUAACUCAAGAUUCAUACCUACCAUUUGAUAAUAGUACACGGCUUUCUAAUCUUACGGAAGCCUUUUCUCCCACCGAAUUUCCAGAGUUCAUGGCAGAAGAUUUCCCUUGUGAAUCUGACUAUUUAUUAUCUGAAAUUGAAGACUUGGAGACAUUUGACAGUUUUCUUGAAACACCCAUUAAUGAUUCACAGCCGAGUGAAAUGUAUCCAACUGUUGAAGAAUGCUGGCCAGAGUCAACAACAAUGUUGCCUUUGCUAACUCAAGGAUCAUUUUCUACUCAUAAUGGGUAUCAUAUUAACUCUAAUGGUGUGGCCCCAUUAUCAAGUGCAUUGCAGAAUAGAACUGAAAGCUUUGUCAGUAUGCUGCAAAGUGCAUCUUUGGAAAUACCUACUACAGAGAAUACGUUUCAGACAAUGCCUUCAGCUGUUGGUCCCUCCAGCAUUGGCUGUGCUGUUGCUGAAUCAAUGGCUACACUUAGUAAUGAUACUGAACCAAUACCUACUAGCAGUAUCAUCACUACUGCAUACAACCCUGAUCUCCCAGAAUUACUGUAUACUAAUCAAACAAUUACUGUACCUCAGAAUGAACUUCUGAUUUCUGACUUACUUUUGGAUGAAGAUUUACAACUUGUACCUUUGCCUUCUACAGUCUGUCAAGAUUUGCCAAAUGAAGAUAAUAUGGACACAAGCAAUGAUUCUGUUUCGAUGACUUCAGGCAAGGUUCCAUCUGUAUCUGACUAUCAGGACUGGGUUGAUUCUUGCUCUGAAUCAUCUUCCAAUAAUGGAGAAAGAGAUGAUUAUGGUAGAAAUAACACUUCUAUAAACAAUAAUUUUAAUCAUCAUGCCAGUUUUGAUCGAGUUCCCACUGGUAUGCCACCUAAAAGGCAGAAGUACUUUGAAAGUAGAAAUGAAGUAGGAAAUAGGGGUUUGGCAGAUGUACCAUUUGAACACAAUGGUGCUCAUGAUCAGCAGUACUUCUCUCUGAAAAAUCCUUUUCCUCAUUUUAAUGAACAUUCUGUCAGUGGAGUGGCAACUAAUGGUGUUCCUUUCAGGAAAUUUGAUUUUUCACCUAGGACAGCUAGUGUUAGCAAUAGUAACUUUUUGCAACAUAAUCAUUCUUAUCAUUUGCCUUUUACUACUGAUGAUUCUCAUUAUAAACCUGUGAUGAGAGAUAAAUCCAAGUCCUCCUCAGAAGAUGAUACAUGCAAUAAGGAUGAAAAGAGAGCUAAAGAGUUAAAACUGCCAAUCAGUAUCGACGACAUAAUAAAUCUUGCAAUUGAUGAAUACAAUGAAAGACUUGCAAAAUAUGAAUUAUCUGAAGCACAACUUACUCUCAUACGAGACAUACGUAGACGGGGCAAAAAUAAGGUAGCUGCGCAAAAUUGUCGAAAACGAAAAAUGGAUCAAAUUAGCAGUCUGCAACAAGAUUUGGACUCUUUGCAAAAUGAAAAAUUACAUUUAAGAUCAAAGCAGAAUAUUCUUCUACAGCAGAAACAUCAUUUUGAGGAUAAAUAUGCUCAACUGUAUCAAUUAGUUAUGGAAAACACAGGUUUUAAACCACCCGGUGAUGAUGAUCAUCCUAUUCGUAGACCAAGUGAAGUAACUGCGUCUACUGCAGCUGAUGUUUUAAUGGCAGAAGAUGACUCUGAUUUAAGUAGAGGAGCUAGAACAAAACGAAAAUUUAAAAAAUGACAAAUGCCUCACAUAGUUUCUUUUUACAUUCUUUGGACUUAUUUAACUAUGUUUUAUGAAGAAUUUCUUAAACCAUUUGUGAUAAACAUAGUACUGUACAUCUAAUGUAUUACAUUUUUCAUCAUGAUCUUCAUAUACCAUGUUCAUUUAGGGCAAAUCACUGAAGUAAAUUUCUUACUUUCAUUUAGUUUUAGUGCUUUUAUGUUUUUAAAUACUUUUUUAAUUUAAAGCAUUAACUAAAGGUAUUUGAUUUCCUAGUAAUGAACCAUUUCUUACCUAUAUGUGUUUUUUAAUUUCUUAUGUACCUCAGGUUUCAGAAUUAUUUUGCUGAUAUAAAAAGUAUUUAUAUGUUAUGUAGAGAUAAGUUUUGAAGAAAACUGUAAUUUUUUUUAUAUUUCCUGAAAUAUUAUUAUGUUCUAAAGCAAAGCACCUUAAGAGAGAUUUUAUCUGUGUGAAUUGAACUUACAGAAUUCAGAAUUUUUAUUGGUUUUUCAUGUGAAGUAUUAUAAAAAAAAAGCUAUCUGAAAAACUUACAAUUAUGGUGCUUGAUAUUCAAUUUUGGAGCAGCUGUAAACUAUUAAGAACUUCCUCUCUGUUAACUACAUUGAAUUUAUAAGCCAGUCUAUUAUAUUUUGAAACAAAAAUUCUUAUAUGUAUAUAAUGUUUUUAAUUCUGAAAAAAAAAAAAAAAAAAAAAAAAAAAAAAAAAAAAAAAAAAAAAAAAAAAACAGUAUCUUUUAAUUUUUGAAGGGUGCUGUGUGCUUAUUUAACAUGAAAAAUAAUAUAAUUUUUCUGUAAGUUUUGAUGUCUCUUCUUAUUGCAUAACUUUCUCAUAUUUGAUAUAAUUACCCAACCACUAGUAAACCUUUAUGGGAAAACUAAACUUCUUUAAUACUGUAACUUCAUGCCUUUAAUUUCUUUUAAAAAUACAUAUAAAGGAAUAAACUGUGCUAAGUUGUAAAGGAUUUCUUAAAUCUGAAGGAGAAAAGAUGUAUCUAGUGCAGUACUUGAAGAAAAAGAUGAAUAAAGUGAAAAAGAAGUAUGUUGCUAUUGUAGCAAAUUAGUUGUAAGAAGACCUGAAAUUAUGUUCAGGUACAUGAAAAUCUUUAUAGUGAUAACACAAAAAUGGUAAAUAGGGACAAUAUAUGUUGAUACCUUAUAAAGAAUGAAACUGUUUUGAUGCUGCUCAAUACUCAUUUUUGCUAAGUUCGAUCCUGUUGAAUAUGUAGUAACCUAAUGGCUGACUUUAAGAUGUUUUAUUGGAUGUAUAUCAGCAAAAUGUUUCAUAUGGAAAAGGUAAUCAUAUGGUUUAUUAAGAUAUUUUCUGUUACUGGCAUUAUACUAUUAAUCUAGUCUAGAGACCUUGGCACAGCACCUUUUCAGUAGGCCUCAGUGUGCACUUUCUUCACAGUUAUAGGAAUAAAACAGAAUUAUGAAGAGCAAUUUUGGGGCCACUUAGGAUCGUAAGCCUUGACUUUGUGGGCCAGGACAUUAAUCAGGCACGGGUUAUAGGAGCAACCCAUAAUCUUGUAUACAGUAAUAAGUUGGAGUAGUAUUUAUGAUCUUACUAAGUUUCUUUUUACUUUUUGCCAUACCCUACAAGGAGAGAAAGUACAUUAUAUAGCCAUAUCACAGCAUAAAUAUGUCUUAUGGCAAAUAAUCAUGAGUCACUAUUUUAUUAUCUAAAGUGCGUGAUAAAAUUAUAGUGUAAAAAGAAGGCAAAUUCUAAAGCUUAAUUCGAUUCAGCAUAGUAUCUGCUGAAUAAGCAUUUAAAAUAGUACUCUUGCUUCUUGCUUGAUAGAAAAAUUUCAAAGUAACUGGGGCCUAGUCAUAUUUAGUGUAUGCUAAAUUUACUAGUGCAUACAAUUACAAAUUUUGCAAAUUUUUGUAUUUGUAUAGUGUAAAAAAUUGAUGAAAUUUGAUCAUCAAAAUAAGAAUAUUUUUCAGGCAAAUUUUAUUGAUGAAAAUUAGUUUGGCAUUUGAAUUGACAGUUUGAAAACGCAAAAUGCUUUGAGUCAUAGCAGUGCAAUGUACCGUAUUUAAAGUAAUAAUUUUUCAUGAACAAGUUAAUAUAACAAAGCACACAGGGCCUGCAUAAAGAGAGGGAUCGUCAUGUGGAGGACUUCCUAAGGGAAACUCGCUUGCAUCCGUGCUACACACAGGGAAAACCAUAAAAAACAACCAUGUAGCCUCUACAUUUGCUUGGGAUUGAACCCAGGUCAAACUCCAAUAAUAAUGAAUGGUCUUAGCCACUCAAGAGAUUUUGCAAGUACUAUAUGAUAAUGUUAAAAUAUUAAGCUUUUAAUGGAUCAACAUCUGAAUUUUUUUUACAUAUCUUCAUUUUGCUGUGAGCGUACUUACUAAUAUUACAUGGUUAAUGGUACAAUACAGUAAAAAUAUUAAACCUUAAAUGGAUAGACCUCUGAAUUUUUUGACUGAUAUCCUGUUUUCUGUGAGCUUAGUUACUAAUAUUACAUGGUUAAUGGUACAACACAGUUAAAAAAUUUGGUUAUAAAAUUAUCAUCUUACAAAUAAUCAGACCCAUCUCAGCUUUUCAUUGAGCCCAAAGUAUUUUGAGGAUGGGCUGGGAAACAUUUAAAAUAAUGUAUGAGUUUUUAGCAGAUGUGAUUAGCAUGUGAAAGAUUUUGUAAUGAGGUCUCAAAUGUGAAAAUUUAGCAAUAAAAGAGACACUGGUAUUAAAUUGGCUGGUUGAUGUACAUUGAUUCUGGAAAACCAAACAAGGGUUGUUUUCCUGGCAAAGGGAUGCCUUCAUGCAGCACUUGCUAGGUUUGCAUCUCCAUAUACAUGAGAAAAACCAUGAAAUGCUCAGACUGUUCAGCUGGAUUCAAAUCACACUCAAACUACCAGUAUUCAAUAAUCUUUUGUAUUCAGCCACUAGUGGACCACACUGAAAAUAAACACUACUAAAAAGAUAGAGGAUCAGUCAUCUUUUUGAAAAAAUACAUGUUGCAGUCAUCUUUUGAAAAAUUUAAAGUGGCUAUGUUUCUGUACAGGGUGGCCAAAAUAAAACUGGUGCAGAAAGUUGUACAUUUUCAACACUAAAUUUACCCAUAUCAAUGGGCAGGAGAUCUAGCCUUCACCAUGGAGGUCAUUUUGCCUUUGAUUUUUACACUUCAUAUUUUGCUGGAAAUUUUGGCAGUAUACUUCCAUUCUUAAACUGCUGCAUAAACCUUUCAGUACACAUUUCCUAUGAAUUCUGCUUUACAUAACACUCAGCCGUGAACUCGGUUAUUGUUAGCACUAUUUUGCAUUGCAUUGAACUAUCACCAAACACAUCUGCACCUUUCAUGUCAGCUGCUCACUAAAUAUGUGUGCACAUAUCAAAAAACAACUGCUUACUGUCUGUGCUCUUCUCAAGAGCUGUUUUGUCUGUCCCCAUUUCUAAUCAUCUCUUGGCUGUUUAGAAUACGUUUCCAGGAAAUUCCAAAAGCACUUUUCCAGGUCAUUUUUAUUUUACCUGUGCUGUAGUCCUGCAAACACUAGGGAAAAAAACUUACUUGGCUUACAAGAGUAUUUUAUUCAGAUUAAGCAAAAAGAAUAUUGUCUGAAGCAGUUACUGAGUGUUUGAAUGUUUUGGGAGCAUUUGGAAGUAGCAGACUUAAAUUAUUUUUCUGAGGACUUAUAUUAAGAGGGUGUAUAGCCUCGUGAUCUAUAAAAAUGGCUCAAUAUCUGCACAACAUGGAAUUUACAAGGUCAUCUGACAAAUUUUUAGGCAGUCUUUUUCAUUCUUCCAUAAGAGCAAUCUUGAACUCUUUUAAGUAUCAGAAGAGGCCUUGACUGAGCAGCAACAUAUCUUAGGAGUGUUUCAUGCAUGCUUUAUUGAUUCAGAUCAGGCAAUUAUGACAGCCAUUCUAUGCACUCGAUUCCAUUCUUAAUGAGUCAAACUUUCACAAGAUGAGCUUUGUGAUGAGUAUCAUUAUCAAUUAAAACUAAUGCUUGCCUCUGGUUCCACCAUGCAGCAAAGCCAAAGGUCCAAGAAUCUUAUCUCUCCCUGUAAAUUUCUGUCAGAUUGCCAUUUGGGUUGAAUAAGUAUAUGUCCACCUGUACUUAUUCCUGCCCAAGCUAUCUAUUCUGUGUCUUAAUUUUGUGAACUUUUGUGCAUAAUUUUUUGUUGUUGUUGUUGGUGGUGUUAUAAUUCCUCCAUAAAAAGGUAUGAUGAUCUUCUGGCUCUAAAAUCUUUGCUUAUGUGUGAAGAGAAUUUUAUGCUACCCUAUACUGCUCCAACUGUGAUGUUCAUCCACCUAUUUCCUCCAUAACCUAUGGUGUCUUAUGGUUAAGGAAACAAAAAGCAGAAGUCUGCAUGUGUACAAACUAUUUAUUCAGUUUGUACAAACAUAUUUCUUAAUAUAGCCCAGAAAACUUCCCUUUGCAGGUAAUUAGCACUGGUUAUUGUUUCAAUGGGCUGUUAUGACGAACUUCAUUUUGAGACACCAAAUAAAUUCGUGACCUGCUUAUGUAAUUCAUUUAUUUCUGAGUGGUCAAUCGCUCGCCAAGACAUUCAAUAUUGUAAAUCAUUAGAUUGAGGUAUUGCCUGAAUUCUUCCUGCAAAACCAUUGAUAAUUGUAUAUUUUGAGUCAUUUAUGCAUAAGAAAUUUUCUUUUGUCUUCGAAGCACAAUAUUUCAUAUUCAGUAGACUUUAACUUUAUUUUACCCAUUAGUCGAGCAUAAUGCUGCAGAAGUAGGAUGAUCUUUUCAUUUUUUUUUCAGCAGUGUACAAUUUUAAAAUAAUGAUUUUCUGUUUUAAUGAGUAAAUGCAUUCAUCAGCAAUGCGUUUUCUCUUUUUUGGCACUGCCUUCAAAGUCAUAAAUAUAAAUGGUAGUUAAAAUGUUUAUGUAUUUUAACAUAAACAUUUGUGAAAAAAAAUUUUUUUUAAUUAGACUGACAUUUUAAUAUAAAUGCUAGUCUGUUUAAUGCAAAAGGUUUUAUUUAUUAAAUAGAUAGAUUUUGAUGGAAAAGAAGCUUAACAACAUGAGCUGAAAUUUUGAUUUCAGGUAGAUGCGCUUUAAAAUAAUUAUAUUAUUUCCUUCACCAUUCUAAUUAACUUUUCAUUAAAAAUUAAUCGCAGUUUUUUAAAUUGUGGUACAUCGUUGUGUUCUAUUGCUUAGCCAGCCAAUGCCAUUUCCCACUAAAGCGACAAUAAAGAUUUUCUGCAUCUCUUAUUUUCAACAUAAUUUGUUUCUCAUUUGUUUUAAUUAUUUUUUCAAUAAUAAUGUAUAUCACAAUAAUGAAAAAGUAGCAUAUAUUUUUUAAUUUGAUCAAUUUUCUGACUUUUCAUCUUUCACAAGAAAAAACUUAACAAACACUUUUUAGUGAUUUUCUUCUGUGUUCUUUACCUUCUUGUCAUAAUACCAUACGCUUUUGGGAUUUUUAUUUUUCGGGGGCGUUACCUUAACGUUCAUAUGUUUCACUUUUGUUCAUUUUCUUGUUUUUCAUUUUUAAAUUUAGCUUUGUUAAUAGCUUCUACUAUGUUUUGUUUUUGCCUCAAUAACCCCAAAUUUCAACAGCUAUGAGCUUAUUAUAGUCUUAUGCAGUGGCAUAGCUAGGGUGGGGCAAGGGGGGACAUCUGUUCCUGGGUGCAGCAUCCAGGCGGAGCCCAAUUGAUGCUAUGAAAUUUUUUAAUGAAUCGUUUUCCUUUCUUGGCACACAGAAAGAGAUGCAAAUUCUUCAGUUGUCCCCGGGGCGCUGGAAUCCUAGCUACGUUGCUGGUCUUAUGAAGCUAUAUUUGUAUAUAUGUGUGUGUGUGUGAAAUGUGCACAUAAAAAUUAUAUGGCAAUUCUUAGUAGAUUGCCUUAUUUAUUUUUGAGGUUAUUCCAUGAUUGAAUAUUUUUAGAAAAACGAUUUUGCAGAAAUUUGAUUUUGUUUCCCAAAAAUUAUACAAUUAGCUUAAAAUUUUCACUUUUUGCUUACAAAAUUUUUAAUUUUUACCAAGAUACUGAAGGAACAAAGCAAUAUUUAAGCAUACACACAUACUUAGUACAUAUAUUGUAUAUAUAUAUAUAUGUGUGUGUGUGUUUAUUGAAUGCUACAAAAGCUUUAAAAAAAGACAGAAUUUCAUUAUAAUUGUUUAUUGAAGUGUAAUCUUAUUCUGAUUAUAUGUAUCCAAGCCUCUGAGGGUACAUGCUUGUGAGAAAGCUUCUUACAUAGGACUAUUGGAGAGUCCUUUCAAAUGGUACCUGAGAAUGAUAUGUAUGUGGCAUAUAAUAAUAUGCAUUAUUUUUCUAAUAAUUUGCCAGCAAUAUUUAUUCAUACAGGAAGCAAAAUGAUUGUACUAAAUUUAAGUGUCUCAUUUGUAUAUUCUAUCAUUAAACUUCUGCAAUUUAUACUUGAUCCAAAUCAAAAAUUCUUUAAAUUGUCACUUAGCAUAUCAGCUUAUCAUUUACUUUUCAUGUACCUUCCAUCGUAUCCAACUGACAGGUUGAUCUUUAGUAAUAUUUAAUCUAUUAAUGUAUUUCUGUUACUUAAGGGUUUUUUUUUUUUUUUUUUUUUACUUGAUUAUGCCGUCCAUUACUUGGGGUAAAAAGUAUGAUUUUCGUACAGUGCUUUCAUACCACUCGUUUGUAAUAUUUUAAAUAAAUUUAUUGACCUAAUUUAUUUACUGUAUUAAUAAUUUGUGUUUAUUUUCAAAGUUGUGUGUUACUAUAAAUUCAUAUUAAAUGUAAAAAAAA